CUCCUUUCUUCCUGUCCCCCUUGGCUGGCUGAUCCUAAGUUACAGAAAUUGUGAUGUAAUAUCCAAGCAAAGAGAUACACGAGUAGAAUCCAGCUGGAAGCCGAAACGGGCCUUCCUGUGACUGCAUGCCAAAUUGAGAAGGCCACGUGCGAGGCGCGAAUUACCGGUACGCGGUAUAGUACAUGUAAUCAAAGCUUGGGAUCGGACUAGCUCGAGAUGAUAUAGGAUUAGGAAAGUUCUCGGCCUGCGCUGCACGGAGCUGAGAAGUUCACGUUCGAGACCAAGAGAAGGCCAAAAUUAUACUUACUUUGAGUUUGAAUUCACCAAGCCAGAUUACCCCAGGAUAGAACACAAUGGCAGAAAGGGGAGACUUCACCUUCCAACCAUGGGGGCAAGACAAUACCAAGAGGCGAGGAAGGGGAAGAGGAAGAGGGCAAUGCUGGGCUGGAAGCAGAGGUGGCUAUCGCUUUCAACCUAAACAUAAUCCAAACAAGGUUGGGCAACCACCACAAAGACCAAGAACUUUUGAUUGCAUGAAUUUAGAGGGCAGAGAAACUAAUCACCAAGAAGGAAUCCACCUGCUACCCAAGCUUGAGUUGGGAAUAGGUUCUAAGCCAUGCAUAAAAGAAGAGGUGUUGAGUCCCGGAUCCAGCUCAUCAUCAAAGAGAAGUUGCACAGAAAUGGAAGAAAAUGAGGAGAAUGAAUCAAAAGUACACAUUAAGAAAAGAUGCAAGAAGAACCUUGCUGGUACUUUCCCCUGUUCUCAAGAAGAUAAUGGCAUAUCUUUGGUAAAUUUGAAUGGAAACAAAGUAAGAUCUGAAGUGAUAUCUUCAGUGGAUAAAGAGGACUGGGAUGAAGAAAUACGGAUUGCUAAGUUAAAUUCCAAGCAGAAUACUCUAUGUGAUGCAGUGGAUAUGGUCAAAGAGAAAGAUGAUGGUGAAAAAACAACUGCAGGGAAAAUUGAUGGAUUGACGUUAUUACAGGGGUCAUACACAUCUUCUGGUAGUACUGGUACUCAGCAUUCCAUGAACCUGGAUUGGGAAGUUGGGCUACCAAGUGAUGGUGAGGUCAAACUGAUGUCACCAAGGAAAUUUGUCAGAGAUAAAGUGGUUGACUGUCUUUCAAGUGCUGUUACUGAGAAUUGUACUUGCACAUCAGAUGAAGAUUCAUUCAAGAUCAAAGAAGGAAAGCAGGAUCAUGCUUUGUGUAAUCCUAAGGGAGAGAGAAGCUUUAGCAGUCCAACAGCUGGUUCACUAAAAGGGCCCUUGAUACCAAAUAAAUCAAAGUCAGAUUCUUGGACUGGUUCUGUUUUUUCUCAAGGGAGUGCAAAGAAAAAGGGUAAACUUAAAAAGAAGCAAAGGGCAGCAACAAUUCCAGAAUAUCAAGGCAGUACUGAUGAUGACACUGAUGAAAAUAUGCAGGGAACACUUCUUAAAGGUGAGAGGUCCAAAAGCUGUAGACAAAAGAAAGGAUAUAAUUCUGCUUCUAAAUCCUUGAAAGAAUCUGAAAGGAAAUUUGGCGUCGCCACAGCUGAGGUAGGAAAGAGUGAUGAGACCCAAAUCAAACAAAAAACUAAGGAAAAACUUCGUGCUGAAGAUGAUGAUGGUUGUCAAGCUGAUGAUUCUUUAUCAGAUGAUGAAAACUGGAAGAAGGUUGUCAAAAAACUCUCAGCUGAUGGUGUGGAUGCAGAGGAAAUCCAAGAUAGGCGCCCACUUCCACCAGAGUUACCAACAGAUAAAAGUCAUACUGAUGAAAGCACAUCAAUGGAUGCCCCCUUGUCCUUUAGGCAAGAUUACAGAGCUAGAUUUACUUAUCCCCCACCUGCAUACAUGCCUUACAAUCAUGCUUAUCCUUCAAUGAGACCGCCUAUCCCCUAUUGCCCUCCUAUAUGGCCAAUGAUGCAAGAUCCUUAUUUCUAUGGACCAGCUAUGAUGAGAGGUUUUCAUCCAGAUGCCAUUGCCAGAUACCCUAUCAUUCAUCGAUUUCCUCAAUGUGUUCAACAAGCAGCUGAGACAGUUUCUCCUACCCACAUUGCUCAGUCUCCUGGUAGUGAAUGUCAGGACAGGUUCUACACAGUAAACGAGUCGGUACCAGAAAGGGAAGGUUACCUGCACAAUAUGAAUCAAACUUGCGGUAUGAAUGCAUUUGAUGGCAUAGAUUAUACCUACCAAGCAAAUACAGUGGAGGAAGAUGAGACAUAUAGUGAAGAUGUCUUUGAUUCCUCUGGAAGUCAAUCAUAUAUUUCCCAGGAGCUGAAUUGUGAGACUUCAAAAAGAGAACCAAAUGUAUCAUUUGAUGAAAAUGUACCUUUUCUUCAGACUACCCUACCAGACAUCUGUGAACACCACAAGAGCUUUGAUAACCAGAGUGAUUUCAUAUCUACUGAAGAUAAGGAUUACUUCUAUCCUAGAGUUUGUGAAACACCAUCACCUACAUGUACUGAUUCUAGUGUAUCAGUUCAGAUAGAGAGGGGGUCGCGGGAUCAGCAAAACUAUAACUGGUAUGAAACCCCUCCGACUGGUGUUGGUGCUACUCGUAGGAAAAGCAAAGUGUGGGGACUGAAUUUCAAGCAAAUGGAAUAUGACAGGCCUGGGCAGAAAAAAGAGGAAACAAGUUUUUCAAUCCCAAAUAAUUCAAAUAAUUCCAGCCAACAGCCUCCGUCGUAUGCUGCUGCAGUGUGUGCUGGUAGACCAGAGCCACCCGAUGGUCAGGAUAGAGUAACUUACAUUUCAAGUGCCCAUCUUGAAGAGAGGAGGAAGUCGUAUCCUGGGGUGAUAGCUCCUCACAGUGGAUGGGCAUCUGGUCAUCCUCUUGUAAAAUUUGUCAGUCCACAAAAUAAUCUAGGGCCAGCCAAAGAAAAGCCUCAAGAAAGUCCUUUUUGGCAGUCAACUCCUCGUCCUGAAGCAUUCAAUGCUGAUACUAGCAAAUUCAAGAGUUGGUCUGCAGGAUCUCAAGGAUGGGGUAGCUACAAUAUCACACCAGUUCCCCGUCCAGUCUCGGCACCUCCUAAACCAAAGACCUUUGCCGAAAUUCUGCAGCGACCAAGACGACUAACCCUUGAAGAUGAGGUGAGAGGGGAGACAAUACCAACUAUUAACUCAUGGCGCUCAUCAACAGAGGUUGAAGAUUCUGCAGAAAUCCAAUACCCAUCCAGUGAUAUAGACUAUCUGGACACUCAUGCCCACAUUGACCUACUCUUUCAACGGCACAUGUUCAAGGGAACCUUUGCAAAGUUCUGCUUGGUAAAUAAUUUCCCAACCAAUUUUGCUGGAUGUGUGGCCAUCUUCUGUUAUCCUGUCAACUUUUCAAAUAGUUACUCUCUUGCUGAUAACCUACUGAAAGAAAGUAACAUCUGGGGAUCAUUUGGAUGUCAUCCACACCAGGUGAAGCACUAUGAUGGCAUCAUGGAACAGAAGAUUAAAGACUGGAUGAAUCAUCCAAAGACUGUUGCACUUGGAGAAAUUGGAUUGGAUUACUCUGACAGGCCAGCAGAGAUCACAUCAGAUCAUGAGCUUCAGAAGGUGAUCUUCCAACGUCAGUUGCAGAUUGCCCUGGAAACAAAGAAGCCCUUAGUCAUCCAUUGCAGGGAUGCAGAAGAAGACACACUCAGCAUCAUGUCCAAGAUGGUGCCCAGAAAUCACAAGAUACACCGUCACUGUUUCACAGGACCUCCCCAGGAUGCCAUAAAAUUUCUGAGGGCUUUUCCGAACUCUUUCAUCGGUCUGACAGCUCUAGUGACCUUCCCUACGGCUACCAACACCCAUCAGACUGCCCGGGCUAUCCCGCUCAAUAGACUUCUGUUGGAAACAGAUACACCCUACUUUCUUCCAAGGAAGGUUAGGUGUCAAAAGUGGUCUCACCCAGGUAUGGCCCUCCUGGUUGCAGAACGCAUUGCCCAGCUGAGAGGAACCACUCUUGAUGAUGUCCUUUCCAAUGUAAGAGCCAAUACAAUGACAAUGUAUGGAAUUUAGUAAAUACCGUCAUUCUUUCCAGUUUGAGAUUUAAUACAUGGCAAGCAUGGAUUAACAAUGGAAUGGUUGACCUUAAUACCACUCGUGAUGAGUUUCUUUCAAAAGUAAGAUCCUAAGCAAGAAGUCAAUCAAAUUUUGUAUAUUCUCGCAUCCACCGUUGAUAAUGUACUUUUUUAUAUAAUAUAAUAUUAAUAACAUUUUGAGGGCUUUAGAAAAUAUAAUUGGUGGCAGGCUUUCCAAUGUCAAAUUCAAAUGCAUUUACAAGUAUGACAUUGAAUUUUGUGGUUGGUUGAAUCACUCUUCAUUACUAUCUUUCCAAUGUAAGAUCCAGAAGAAUGACAAUUCAGAUAAUUUGGUCAAUUCAAUGAUGAAUCAAUGUAUUUUCUGAUAUUGGUAUCAAUAUAAUGGCAAUGUAUGAAAUCAAGUUUGAUAUUUUCGCAUUCUAGCAGCCAUCAUUGAUAUGCUUUCUAAUACUAAAUCCAAUGUAGUGACAAUGUUUGGAAUCUAGAUUGAUGUUCUAACUUUUAUAGCACCCAUCAUUGAUAUGCUUUCUAAUGGAGAUCCAAUAUAAUGACAUUGUAUGAAAUCAAGUUUGAUGCUAUUAUUUUUCUAGCACCCAUCAUUGAUAUACUUUCUAAUAUGAGAUCCAAUAUAAUUACAUUGUGUGAAAUCAAGUUUGAUGUUCUCACAUUCUGGUACUCAUCAAUGAUUUGCUUUCUAAUGUGAGAUCCAAUAUUAUGACAAUUUAUGUAAUUCAGGAUUGGUAGUUUAUUUCACUUGAUAAACCACUAUUGAUAAUAUACAUUCUAGUAUGAAAUGAAAUACUAGGUAAAUUGAGUAAAAAAUUACUUACUGUUCCCUUAUCUUUUUUUUUUCAUUUAAUACUGCUUGAUUAGUUAGUUAGCUUGUCUAAGCAUGUAGUUUAUCACAGAAAGAUGUUAAGAAGUAGAUUUCUGUUGAGUAGAUGUAAAAGAAAUUGUUCUGUAUUUCCGCCUUAAGUAGUCCUUAUUAAUUAUCAGACACUUUUUGAUUACUCAUUUUUUUUUACUAAAAAAGAAUGAUUUGAAACAGUUAAAGUUCAAAGAAGUUGCAUUGAUUUUAAGCCUGUAGUUGUAAUAUCUGAGCAUGCAUUAAAGAAUCCUCUCCUCUUGAUUAUAUUUCUCCAUAUGCAUAACCGCUGGUUGACCAAGUCUGAUAAUUGUCGAAAAGCUUGCAUACCCAGUCUUUUUACAUUAAUAUUUUUGUUGCUUUAAUGGUUGUGAAAUUUGUGCCAGAUUUGGCCACUGAAAGAUAAACCACCUACACCACAAUUAAAAGUUAAAUGUGAGCUAUAAAUACAUGACUAAUGAGUGUUUUUGGUUGUAAAAUUAGUGUUAAGGUACAUGUUAUACCAUACUUGUUCUUUUGUUUAUCCCACAUUCAAGCCCUGCUAUUCUCUUUUGCAACAGCAGCAAGUUAAUAAUCAUCAAAAAUAUCUGCCUCUCCGUGAUACGCUUUUGUACUUUGAUAGAUAUAUCCGAUUUUAGGGCACUGAUGACCGCGUGUUAAACACAGCAUUGCCUUUAUGCCUUUAAAAGUGAAAAGAUUAUCAUGUAUGUAUAGUUCCCUUAAUUUUUUACAUCAAUAAUGAGCUAAAUAUUGGUAAUUUGAAGGAAAUUUUCAUUUUGAUUAGAAUACAAGAAGUGUAUUAAAAAAAAAAAUCAUCAGCCUUUCCUUAAAAAGUAAGAAAAAAAUACUCUGUUAUCUUCAAUGCAUGAUGACCCUUUUACCAUGUUAGUCUUGUAUCUAUAUUGUUGGUUAGAUUUUAUAGAGAUGGAGGAGGAUGUUGUGGUUGUCUCUUGAGGUUACUAAUAGCUGUUUUGAAGGAUUAUUUAGUUUGUAAAUCAGUUCAUAAUCAGAUGUUUUUUUUUAUAAUACGCCCGACCAUCUACGGAACAUGGCGGGACAUGUUAUGGUAUCAUGCCUGAUGUCUGUCCGUUAACCUUUUCCUUGUUAACCUGAUAACUUUUGUUUAACUUUCCUAAGCUCAUAUAAUUUGGUGUGUAUGAUACUAGCAUGGAUCCCAGGAAGCCUAUCAAUUUUGAAGUAAAAAGGUCAAAGGUCAAGUCGCUACCUUCCACUUUUUGCAUGACCAAUAACUUCAUUUUCCUCAUUACAGGCGAGCUUAUUAUGUGCUCGCCCCAGCGACACUCUUGUUUCAUUUACCAACUGUUUGUUCAACUUGAACGUCAAUCUCAUGUUGGAAGAUACUUUGAAUUGCAGUUUCCUAAUGUGCCAUUUUGUAAUUAUAUCAAGAUUUUUUUUCGCAAAUUACCUUUCAGUUCUAUAGGUAAACAAGUAAUAAUUGUAAUUUUUGUCUUGCCCACCAGAGGUGAAGGCGAGACUUAGGGAUCCAAAUGUUGUCCAUCGUCUGUUG